AUGGCUCUGAACAUCCCCGGUGUGAUAGCAGUGGUUCUGUUCUAUAUCCUGAUCCUGGGGACAGGGGUUUGGGCUUCCCGAAAGUCCAGGAAAGCUGAGAGGAUGAGCCAUGGAGACAGGACUGAAGCGGUGCUCCUCGGAGGCAGAAAUAUCAGCUUGCCGGUCGGGAUUUUCACCAUGACUGCUACAUGGGUUGGAGGUGGUUUUAUCCUGGGUGUGGCUGAGGCGGUGUACUCUCCUAAAAUGGGGUUAAUAUGGGCUCUUAUGCCUCUGUAUUACUCGGUGUCCUUCCUAAUAGGUGGUCUUUUCUUUGCAAAGCCAAUGAGGGAUAUGAAGUAUGUCUCCAUGAUGGACCCAUUCCAGAUAAAGUAUGGCAAUGUACUCAGUGGUGCUCUGGUGCUGCCUUCUCUGCUGGGGGAAGUGCUGUGGGUGUCCUGUACUCUGCUUAGCUUAGGAGUAACUAUGACUGUGAUACUGGACUUACCCUAUGCCUAUUCUGUGUGGAUCUCAUCAGCUGUGGCCAUCAUCUACACUUUGUUCGGAGGCCUAUAUUCAGUGGCCUACACGGAUGUUAUCCAGCUCUGCCUAGUUUUCCUCAGUUUGUGGUUGUGUGUCCCCUUCCUGCUGCUCAACCCCUCAUCUACAAACAUUGCCUUGACUGCUUUCAACCACACGUUCCAAGAACCCUGGGUCGGCACUCUGGAGCAGGACAGAGUCUGGAAUUGGAUUGAUGACUUCUUAAUGAUUGGUCUUGGUAGUGUUUCAUUUCAGAGCUUCCACCAGAGGACGCUGUCUGCCUCCUCAUCACGAACUGCCCAGUUAACCUGCUAUGUUGCUGCUGUUGCCAUUGCCAUGCUGGGAAUCCCCCCUGUCUUGGUUGGGGCAAUCGCCGCCUCCACAGACUGGAACCAAACGCUGUACGGUUCUCCAUCUCCAUAUGUACGUGGUGAGCAUAGUUUGGUCCUGCCCCUGACUCUACAGUACCUCACUCCAUCUUACAUCUCAAUCAUUGGAAUCGGAGCUGUUGCCGCUGCUGUCAUGUCAUCCACAGACUCUAGCGUGUUGUCUGCAACUACUAUCUUCUCUUCAAACAUCUACAAGAAUAUCCUGCGUAAACAGGCAUCAGACAAUGAAAUGCAAUGGGUGAUUUGGGUCACAGUGGUGGUGGUGGGUCUGGUUGGGACAUCCAUAACGUUCUACACCAACAGCCCCCUGGCCCUCUGGAUUCUCGGAGCAGACGCCUCCUACACUCUUAUAUUCCCCCAUCUGGUUGCUGUGCUCUUCUUUAAAGUGACAAAUGGUUACGGUGCCACGGUGGGUUACAUCACAGGGCUGACAUUAAGGAUUUUGUUGGGGGAGAACCUUUUAGGUCUUCCUGUUGUUCUUCAUCUUCCUGGUUGCACAUUGAAAGAUGGCGUCUACGUCCAAAAGUCCCCUAUCAGGACAGUCUCCAUGGUCUGCACUUUGGUAACCAUCUUAGUUUUUUCCUCGCUGGCUUUGUUCAUGUUCAAUCACGGCCUGUUGCCUGAGAGGUGGGACAUUUUCAAAGUAAAACAUAAUGUCACUGUGUCACCUGCGGAUCCUGUCACACAGAAUCUCAGAGAAGAAGCUGGGAGCGAUGCUGAGUGUGAAGAGAACAAACAUGGAGUUGCCUUACAGCCAGUGCUGGAGACAGGAAAGUGA